GAAGUUCUGUGUUCCGAAAAGAAACAGGAAAUGUUAUGAUGAUUUAGAAGAAACAGACGACGGAAUGAUUUAAAUUAAAUUGGCAUUGAAGUACAUGUAAACCACAAGAAGAUGGAGGUUGAUAAUUCUGGUCCACACUCCAAUGCAGUAGAAGGCGGUAAUGCGCCUUUAACGCUGGUCGCCAACCGCCAUAAAAUCAAAAGAAGAAGAACCAUAGUGCGCAUGCGUGAAGUCACAGGUAAAAUACACCAUUGUUUAGUUUCUAUCCCUUUUAUAAAAGCAUGGCUCUGGUUCCGUACGUAGAAAAUCCGUUACCUGCGCUUUCUAAACUCCAUAAUUCAUCAGCACAGUUUCGCUUUGCUAACCAUGACCUCCAUCUUACCCAGGACUGGAAGAAACUCGGGGUAGCAGCGGUUGUUUGGGAUGCGGCUGUUGUUAUGUGCAUUUAUCUGGAGAUGGGGAAGGUGGAGUUGAAGGGGAAGGAGGUCAUUGAACUCGGAGCUGGCACUGGAUUGGUGGGCAUUGUUGCAGCACUGCUUGGUGCAAAAAGAGUGACCAUCACUGACAGAGAGCCGGCCAUGGACUUCCUGUCUGCAAAUGUGAAGGCAAACCUACCCCAAGACACCCAGGGAUCAGUGGCUGUGUCUGAGCUGACUUGGGGAGAGGGCCUUGAACGUUACACAGCAGGGGGGUAUGAUGUGGUGCUGGGAGCAGACAUCGUGUACCUGGAGGACACCUUUGUGUCGCUGCUGCAGACUCUGGAGCACCUGUGUUCGGACACUUCUGUGGUUCUACUGGCCUGCAAGAUCCGCUACAAGCGAGACACAGACUUUCUGAGCAUGCUGAAGCAGCGUUUCACAGUAGAAGAAGUCUACUACGACAAACAGAGGGACAUCCAUGUGUAUAAAUCUUGGAAAGUGCCACCUCGGAGGGAUUUGUGACAUGAGUUUUCACUCAUUCAUUUGUAAUAAUUUGCUGUUUUUGCAUCAGAAUCCAAUAAAAUAUUCAAAUAUUACCAGAAACACAUUUAUUAAGAGCUGCCAACAAUGUAAAUAUUUGAAUAGCUCUAACAUAAUGCACUGUUUUAUACAAGUUGGUGCUGACAUUUAGAAAGUGUGAAUACAAAAUUAAUGAUAAGCAACAUAAAAAAAAUAAUACUAUGUCAUGACUAUACAUAAUACAACAUGGCAUUCCAUUGUGAUGAAAUGUAUUCACGGUGAAGAAGUCCUUUUAAAUUGCUCGCACUUAAUCCUCUUCUUGAUAGGUGCAAUCCAGACGUUUUUGAUGAGAUUGGAAGCUCCACAUAACUGAAACCGUCCAAUCAAAUGCAUGAUAACGCCUUAUUCAUUCAUAAGCAGCAAAACACCCAUGUACACUUUGUGAUUAGCAGUGUUUUCCUGGUGUGAAAUGUGGUAGGAUUGCUUAAGCGAGGAAAGUGUGCAUCCCACUUCCUGUAAACAGAAUUUGGAGACAGCCUCUUGCUUAUUCCUUCAGAGACCUGGACCCCGCUACUGUACAUAGACAGGUCCAGAUAUUCUUAUUACACACCAACCUGAACCCCAGGACUUUUCAAUUAUACAGAAUUCUCAAUGUGACAUUACAUGUUCAAAGACAGUAUAAUAAACCAACAUAUAGAGCAAUCUCUGAUUCCAGUGACGGGCAAUGAGUUUAAGAAAUAUGGAGACAAAGUAUUUAUUUCUUUGUAAAGAAGUAAGGCUCAUCGUUUUUGAUUUGCACUAAAAAAGAAUCUAGGAAUGAAUGAAAUCAAACUUAAAAAAGCGGUAUUUUACGAUGAUGUUCCGAAACUUGGUUAGGACUACAGAAUAUAUUGAGUGUUAUGAACACUNUAGUGUAUUAGGGGGGGAAAGCCCUAUUAAGUGUUCUAAAAAUAACCCGGAUGAUAUGCCCAUUCUUAACAGGCACGUUUUUUAAAGUCAUUUGUCUUUAAAAAAUCUUUCAUACAAAAACAUUAUUGAAAACAGUUUUAUCACAAACUGUAGUUUAACAAUUUUUUGGUUUACAUACUUGCAUGAGCUGCAUUUCGAUUGAAUUAAUCUGUCCCGAAAUUAAAAACAAUGAGCCUUUAGUAAUAUGUUUGUGAACAUGCAUCAGAAAUAAAUCUGUCUAUCAGAGCUUUUGACUACUUUGCAAUGUGUCUUUAAUAGAGAUGUCCCGAUCCGAUCACGUGAUUGGGGAUCGGAGCCGAUCACACGAUUUUCAAAAGAUCGGAAGAAAAAA